AUGGCUCUUGAAUCUCAGUCUCCCUCGAUACACAACAGCUUGAUGGGCACUCGUAUUCCUCAUCCUGCCUCUAGCCGCUGGGACGAUGACGAUGAUUUUCCCUCUCCUGCAGCGAAGCGUACCAAGACAGGGCCAUCCAGCCCAAAGAGAAUCUCUCCCAGAAAGCUUCUAUCUAAGCAGCGGAUCAAAAAUGAAAUCCCUGACUCUGAAGAUGAUGAAGAACAAGAUACAGAAGAAGACGGCGGCGUGAAGCUACCAACAGACUUCAGAACCACUCAAUUAGAGGCGGCACUUCCUCCCGUUCAGACGGAUGAAGAAGCCAUUGAGGCUUAUGAGGCAUAUAAGGCGAGCGAGUAUGUUGAACAACGGGAAGCAAAGGACGGAGAGAGCACAAGCUCGUCUCGUUUGGAGUCAAGAAGUUGGGUCAGAGGGCGCAGCUCCAUCUACGUCGAUGCGUUCAAUCUCGCACUCGAUACUGUACUGGAGGAUGAGGGCCACCUCUUCAAUGAAGCCGAGCACAGCCUGUUCAGGAUUUGGCGAGACUUGAACUACGAAGCUCAGUACCUAUACGUCAGAUUGUUCCUGAGAAAGACCAGUAAAUGGUUUCGAGUCAAAGACUUGCAGUAUUACAGCGACGUGGCUGACGUCGACGCAGCGGUGCUGGAAUUGCAGAAGGAGAGACCUCUUCCUGCCGAUGGAGCCGAGCCCGAAAUCUAUGCUGGCGAGCUGGAACCGGACAAGGACACUGUGCUGGGCCAGAAAUUCGCCUUUGCAGAAUGCUCGUCCGACCAUAUCACAACCCUGGACGAGGCGAGUAGUCUUCUCCUGCUUGACGAGCUCAAGGUUCUGGCAAAGGAAGCGAAGGUGCAAGGCAAGAACAAGCGUGAGCUCUUGCGGAACUUCCGCCGUACAAGUGGAAAGCAGACAGGUCUGGGCUUCAAGGAGCUGAAACGUACAGAUACAGAGGACAGUGGCGUGAGCGUCAUGUCCGAGGAUACACAGUCGGUCUACGAUGACGACGACGAUGACCAGACAUCUGGGUCUAGAACUCCAACAAUCAAGAAUCGAGAUGCACAUUUCACGAAAAAAAUUCUGAACCGAACAGGGCGUUGUAUCAGACUUUCCCUGACGCCAUUGAAACUCUUCGAACGGGUCCAUCUCGUCUUCUACCGUAGCACUGAAUGGACGGAGAAGAGUCUGACGACGCUCAUUCUUGCAAAGAUUUCGCGUCGCAACUUUCCCGAAUACAUCGUCAGCCGGUCCACGACUAUUUUUGAGUCAAGAACACUCUUGCUCGAAUUCGAAGCCAGCCUGCGCACUCAGUUCAAAGUGGACAACAUCCUCGAGUUCAAUGGCACCCCGGGUCGUAAAUCGCUCGAAGAAGUCCUCAAGAUCUUCGAAGCCGUCUAUCCCCGCUGGAAAAUACUCCUUGCGGAAGAGCAGAGAAAGGAAGAACGUUUGUACGAAUCUGGCGAGGGUUCGUACCUUCGCCGCUUCAGCCCUGCCUGGGUCUACACCCGCAUCGUCCACAAAGGUCUCCAGCCCCUCGCGCGCUUCAAGGAACACGUUCGUGAGCACGAGAUCCUCACCGAGCUCCUUGACCAGCGGUUGUUUCACGCCUCCCGUCGCGGUGCAUGGUACCAGCGCAAGGCUCUGCUCGAGGAACAUUACAUGCACGCGCUGUUGCCCUCUGACGGUAGAAGCCUGGAGGCCAACAAAAAGCAUUGGAAGCGAGUCGCUCUUUCCACGUGCGAGCAAGGUCUCCAGGACAAGGAAUGCCACAUCAUAUACCAUUACGACCUGCAGAAGCGGGUCAAGAAGCUCGAGAGAGCGCUACGUAUACCGGUCCGCGAACAACAUGAUUUCGGACACGUCAGACUCGCCAAGCCCUUUGAACGGGAUGUCGUUGGCGUCAAGAUCGAGAAAGAUGACGAGCCAUCGAGGAAUCUCGGCAGCAGCAAUACCAGAAAGUCCAGCGCAAAUGCUCUCGUCGCGGAUGUCGAUAGCAAUGACGACAAGGCCGGAGGAGAAGGAGGAAAGACAACCACAAGCGUGGGCGCGAGCAAACCACCACCGCCUACCCUCGUACAUCAACCUAGCACCGGUGGCGGUGGCGGCCCGGGUGCAAAGACGAUCUGGCUCGACACGCUCGACACCAACGAGUCUGUCAGCGUCGAGGCCAUGUGCCUGUCCCACUACCGCCGCGUGCUCGGGUACAAGGGGUACCACAGCGAGGGUGGGAUCCUCCGGACCAUUUUCGGACUGUUGUUUUACGACAUUCUGUUCUUCGACCCCUACAUCCCCAACGUGUUCCAGACGGCGUACCAGACGUGCCCGCUGGACCUGCACACGGACAGCUUCUUCUCGAGCCGCGUGCCCGAGAUCCUGGCGAGGGCCAACCGGAUCUCCAACGGCGAGGCGGCGGAGAUUGUCGGGCGGGUGUGGGACGAGAACCACGAGAGGCGGACGUGCGUCGUCGGCGUGAGGUGGGACGGCUUCGAGCGCGAGGACCUGCUGGAGUGCGUGGCCUGUUGGGACGGCCAGGCCCUGGCCACGGUCAUGCUGGUCAUGGCCCAGGAGUACCAGAGCCGCGGCGGCGGCGUCCCCGACCUGGUCCUGUGGAGGGUCAGGGGGCCCGGGGACGCCGGGGACGCCGGGGGCGGCGGCGGCGGCGGCGAGGUCGUCUUCGUCGAGGUCAAGUCGGCCAACGACCGGCUGAGCGACACGCAGCGCCUCUGGAUCUCGGUCCUGCUGGGCGCCGGCGUCAAGGUGGAGCUGUGCCACGCCGUGGCCGGGGAGGUGGCGACCGUGUCGGCGGCCGGUCGCUUGAACAGGGCGACGUCCCGUUUGACCGGGGGAAAAAACCAGCCUUGUGCUUCAGGGUAG